UGGUGGCAGUCGGGGUGGGCUCGGUCCCGGCGCGGUGCAACUCUGCGGCGCGGGCCCCACUCUCCCGCUCCCUGCUCUGGCCUCGAGCACGGCGAGCCUGAGCGCGGCGGCGGCCCACGUGCGGCGACGGGGAGAGGUUUGGGCCUAAAGUCUUUGUGGGCACCGCUUGACGGCCUGGCCUCGCAUCCCUGGUUGGCCUCAUUGGCCGCUGUUCACCUGCCGCGGUGCCUCGGUGCUGUGUCCUGGACGCAGCACGCUUCCUUAUCUCUGCCCGUCCGGCUGCCGCUUCCCGAGUCUCUCUGGGGUCCCCAUCUCUCUCUCCAGUCCCAGGAAGAGGCUCUUCCUCUGCUCCUCUGUUCCUCCCACCCACCUGUGACCCGUGAUGAGCAGCAACAGCGCUAAGAGAGCACCCACGACAGCGACCCAGCGCCUGAAGCAGGACUACCUCCGGAUUAAGAAGGACCCCGUGCCUUACAUCUGUGCCGAGCCCCUCCCUUCCAACAUCCUUGAGUGGCACUAUGUGGUCCGAGGCCCUGAGAUGACUCCCUACGAAGGUGGCUAUUAUCAUGGAAAACUAAUUUUUCCCAGAGAAUUUCCUUUUAAACCUCCUAGUAUUUAUAUGAUAACUCCCAAUGGAAGAUUUAAGUGCAACACGAGGCUGUGUCUCUCCAUCACGGAUUUCCACCCAGACACGUGGAACCCGGCCUGGUCCGUCUCCACCAUCCUGACGGGGCUGCUGAGCUUCAUGGUGGAGAAGGGCCCCACCCUGGGCAGCAUUGAGACGUCGGACUUCACAAAAAGACAACUGGCUGCACAAAGCUUAGUGUUUAAUUUAAAAGACAAAGUGUUUUGUGAAUUGUUUCCGGAAGUCGUGGAGGAAAUUAAGCAGAAACAGAGAGCACAAGACGAACUCAGUAGCAGACCCCAGGCUCUCCCCUUACCAGACGUGGUUCCAGACGGGGAGACGCACCACGGCCAGCACGGGCUUCCGCUCCUCAACGGGCACGCGCCGGGGGCUGGGCCGCACCUCGCGGGGCUCCAGCAGGCCAACCGGCACCACGGACUCCUGGGCGGUGCCCUGGCGAACUUGUUUGUUAUAGUUGGGUUUGCGGCCUUCGCCUACACGGUCAAGUACGUGCUGAGAAGCAUAGCACAGGAGUGAGCCGCCGCCACGACCAGCAGAGGUGGUCGGAAACGAGGGACGCUGGGCCCGAGCUCGACGUGGGCUGGCUGGACGUGCCGCCGAGCACCGGGCGGGCCUGCCUGACUCCUGGGGUUAGCUUUUUAAAAACCUUCAAAAAGAAAACAAAAACCAAAGUGUGUAGUUGGAUUUGGAGGAGACGCGAGACUCCCAGCCCCCAUUCUGCCCUGGCGUCCGUCGGGGGCUGUGAGGCUGCAUGUCCACGAGAGGGCCUCACGCUUUGGUUUUAUAGCUUAUCUCCUGUAUUGUCUUUUGGACCUAUUUUAGUAACCUGUUUUUCAUUUUAUUAGAUUUGGUCACUUAAAAAUAUAAAACUCGAUGCCUAUCCAA